UUUUCCGCCGCCGGCGACUUCCCAGUGGGGCAGAGGCACGCUGACCUUCUGCGCAGGCGCCGCAGGUCCAGCGCGCGCGCGGCGCCAUGCCGGCGAGGCAUGUUUCGCGAGUCCGAUGUUUAUAUAAGCGUAUCUUGCAGCUCCACCGGGCUCUGCCCCCGGACCUCAAAGCUCUGGGUGACCAGUACGUGAAGGACGAAUUUAGGAGGCAUAAGACUGUUGGUUCUGGCGAGGCCCAGCGUUUCUUGCAGGAAUGGGAGCUGAAAUCCUGGAGCUCAGCCUGGUGCUUGGCUGUGGGUCUCUGCAUCUGCUUCCAUCAGUUACUGGAUGAAGAAGGCGCUAUGAUGACAAUUAUGGUAUUCACCAAUCUGAUUACUAGGGCAUAUGCAGCGGUGUUACAGCAACAAGUUAAGGACAGCAGACAAAGUUCAACAGGAGAAGCUUGCUUUGGCACCUCUCUCCCGGAAGAAAAACUCAAUGACUUCCGUGAUGAGCAAAUUGGACAAUUGCAAGAACUGAUGCAAGAAGCUACUAAACCCAAUCGGCAGUUUAGUAUCACUGAGUCUACAACACCAAAAUUGUGAUUCAUAAAUCUUAACAAUGCAUGUGAAAUUGAUAACUUCUUACCUCUUCUAUCAUUGGCUCUUUAAAUAUAUCCCUUCAGCUUUAAUGGAAUAGCCUCAUUUUUGGACAGUAGGAAUGAUAUAUGGAUCAAGAUCACAAAUGACACACUGUGCCAUCACUGGAAUAACAUAUUUGCUGUAUGGAAUGUAAUUUUGUGGAAUUUAAUUUUUGGACUAAAAGAUGUAAAAAGGAACACACUUUGGAAUUGCACUGAAAAUUUCUUUUUUGUAUAUGAAUUUGUUUUAAAUUCUAUUCCCAUCAAGCAUUAGCUCAUGGUUUGUUUCUAGCUUCAUCAGUUAAAUAAAUAUAGAUGUGGAAUUCCA